AUGAACAAUCCCUGGAUUUCUUCUUGUUAUAUACAUGUAUAUAUAUUUUUUUAACGAUUUUGAAGGAUAUGUGUGCAAUAAUUAAGAGCUUGUUAUUUUCUAUGAUAAUUCUGUCGGUUGAUUUUUGCCGUUCCAAAACAAUAAAAAUCGAAUAAAUUAUCAAUAUGACCCAUUAUAUAUUGUACAUAUUGAAGAUAUUGUUCAGAAGACGAAGUUCUCGAAUUCAAAGGGUCAAGCUCCCGUUCAAUUAUCUCUUUAAAAGUGAAAUUAUGGUUUUACACGGUCUCGACUUCUUGAUAUUGUAUAAUCUUGCCAUAAUACAAGAACCACGAAUUGGAUCUAGUAUAGGCUUUUGCUUUUGUUUUUUCUUUGCAUUCAGUUUGUCACGAUUUUCUUCUAACAUAUUUUUUCCUUUUCUCCUGGUUUCUUUAUAAGUAUUAUAUUGAUAUCCUGAUUUCAUUGCAG